CGCCGGGGAGCUGCGGGGGGACGCGGCGCAGCGCAGCCGUCUGGAGGAGAAGUUCCUGGAGGAGAACAUCUUGCUGCUGCGGAGGCAGUUGAAUUGCUUGAGAAGAAGAGAUGCCGGUCUGCUGAGUCAGCUGCAGGAACUCGACAAACAGAUAAGUGACCUGAGACUGGAUGUUGGAAAGACGUCCGAAGAGCAACCGGACUCGGACAGCCGGCCUAGCUCAGGGUUUUAUGAGCUGAGUGAUGGGGCUUCAGGAUCCCUUUCUAAUUCCUCUAACUCCGUGUUCAGUGAGUGUUUGUCCAGUUGCCAUUCCAGUACCUGCUUCUGCAGCCCCUUGGAGGCAGCUUUGACUAUCUCAGAUGGUUGCCCCAAAUCUGCAGAUGUGAAUCCUAAAUACCAGUGUGAUCUGGUGUCUAAAAACGGGAAUGAUGUAUAUCGAUAUCCCAGUCCACUUCAUGCCGUGGCUGUGCAGAGCCCAAUGUUUCUCCUUUGUCUGACGGGCAGCUCUCUGAGGGAAGAGGAGGGGCUUGGGAACCACGCCAGUGACAUUUGCCUCGGAUCUGAACUGAACGCCCCCAAAGCUGAUAGCUCCUUGCCAUCUCCAAGCAGUUUGUGGUCGACUUCCCAUUCUUCUUCAUCCAGUAAGAAAAUGGAUGGCUACAUUCUGAGCCUGGUCCAGAAAAAAACACACCCUGUAAGGACCAAUAAACCUAGAACGAGUGUGAACGCUGACCCAACCAAGGGGCUUUUGAGGAACGGAAGUGUGUGUGUCAGGGUCCCUGGUGUUGUCGUUCCACAAGGCAGUGGUGUGAACCUUAAGAAUACGAAACAGAUGUGUUUGCCCUCUGGGGGAAUAGCCUCUUUGGAAACAGGGCCAUUCUCCCCACCUAAGCAGAGGUCAAAAGACUCAAAGGCGGAGCCGUUGGAAAGCAAGAGGUUGGCUCUGCCGGAGGCGGCCAUCGAACCUCCAAGCAAGCAUCUGCCCAAAACCGCCAAGGCAGCCUCUCAAGAGCUCGCAAGGUGUCCGGCGGGGCUGGGUGAGUCCCCGAAGGAAAGCGGCCAGGUCUCAGCUGUUUCUCCUAAAGCCAGUCCCGGCAGAGGCCCCGUCGCCCUGGUAGAGAACAAAGCUCCGCAGCCCCAGAAGAAGAUGCCGCAAAAGGGCGGCCUCCAGGUUCUGCCCGCGGUGGACCGGCCGCCCUUGGACUUCAAAAGCGAGGGCUCGUCUCAGAGCCUCGAAGAAGGGCAUCUGGUGAAAGCUCAGUUCAUCCCAGGGCAGCAGGCGGGCGCCAGGCCUCACCGUGCACACAGGAACCCGGGCGUCGCGAGGAGCGCCACCUUGAAGGCUCGCGGCCCCGCGGCCCCGGAGCACGGCCUGCCCACCGUUCGGGAGAAAACGCGGGCGGCGGGCAAGAAGUGCCGCUUCCCCGACGACUCGGAUACAAACAGGAAACUCAGGAAGGCCUCCUCCAAGGGCCGGCGCGGUGGGCCACCCGACGCGGGCCUUCCAGGCAGGGCCCUGGGCGCUGGCGGCCAUCGGGCGGGCGGCAGGGCGCACGCGCACGGACGGGAGCCGGUGGUGGCCAAACCGAAGCACAAGCGAACCGACUACCGCCGGUGGAAGUCGUCGGCCGAGGUCUCCUACGAGGAGGCCCUGCGGCGGGCGCGGCGGGCCCGCAGGGAGCACGCGGGCGCCUACCCGGUGGCCGUGGCGCUGCCCUACCCCAGCCCCUACGCCUACGUGGCCAGCGACUCAGAGUACUCGGCCGAGUGCGAGUCGCUCUUCCACUCGACCGUGGUGGACACCAGCGAGGACGAGCAGAGCAACUACACCACCAACUGCUUCGGCGACAGCGAGUCCAGCGUGAGCGAGGGCGAGUUCGUGGGCGAGAGCACCACCACCAGCGACUCCGAGGAGAGCGGGGGUUUAAUCUGGUCCCAGUUUGUCCAGACUCUCCCACUUCAGACGGUCACCGCCCCGGACCUCCACACCUGUCCCACAAAAACCUUUGUCAAGAUCAAGGCAUCGCACAACCUCAAGAAGAAGAUCCUCCGCUUCCGCUCGGGCUCUUUGAAACUGAUGACGACCGUUUGAGUGCUCCUUCUCCUGACCCCUACGUCUCUGGAAAAGAAAGUGAUGUCUUAAUAUUUGUGUCAUACUUAAAUGGGAUACUUACCUUUAGUUAGGAUAAGCCCACGAUAAAUUAUGUAUGGACGCUAGUGCCUUUGAUGGAAGGUGAAGGAUGUAUCGCUAGUUGGAAGUAAAUAAUAAGGUCUUAAUGGUGGUGAUAGUGAAUGAAUUUUGAUUAUCAACUUUUUUAUUUUUUUAUGUUUUGGUUUAUAUUGUCCGGGCGCCUGCAAAAUACAGGCUUUUGAUGUUCAGGUUUUAUUUGGAUGAAACCUUUUGUUUCCAAGGGCCGUGGAUGGAAUUUUUUAAGACAUGGACUUGCUUCUUGAUUCUUUAGGGCUGUGUCCCUGAAAGGGCUUUCCAGUUGAUGGGCAUUGCAUUGAAUUGUAUAGAGUACGUAGCAAAAAAUGGUCAUUGCUUUCGGUAAAUUUUUUGAUAUAGUCAACUCUUCUCAGAGGACUCCGCAUCCCAUUUUCUUCUCAGAAGUGUGCUUUUUAUUGGAUUUAGAACUUGUAGACCAGACUGUGAACCUGGAGGUGGCAAUCAGGGUAGGGAGACCAACAGUACCUUAAGAAGAUUCACAAAAAACCUUUGCCGUAUGUAGUGCCCCAGCCUUUGUUACAGUAACCCUCUCUUGGGCCAUGUAUCCAGAAGUUUUUGAUGCCUUUCUCUCCGCUCCUGGCUUGUAGCCAGUACAACCGUUUGUCCCUUAGAGGGCUUGCCUUGGUGAUAAAAUGUUGGUCCUUUGGUGCAAAGACAUUUACCCUUAAUGGGCAUGACUCUAAGCCCAUAAUUGCUCGCCGAGCACGGUGCCACCUAAACUCUGGCCUAAAUAUUAGUGCAUUCCAGGCCCCAUUGGACCACUGACUUAUUUGGAAGGGCUUUAAAUUUUUUUGAAAGCUUUUGGUAAACAGUAUUGUGUAAAAUAGCCUUUUUAAAGUACCAAUAUAUGCAUGUUUUGUGCAUGAAUAGUAGUUGUUUGGAUUCCUGUUUUGAUAUUCUUGUUGUUGAGUUACUGUAUGAUAUAAACAGUAUGUGUUUUUAUAUAUAUCAUUGUGUAAAUUUAAUAUAACACACUAUAUGCUGUACUAAAUGAUUUGUUUUAUUGCUGUUAACUUUGUUAUUUGUUAUAAAAACCAGAUGUUUACACCUAUAAA